AUGGCCUCACCCCCCACCCCCCUCGCCAUCUUCCUCCUCCAUCUCCUCCUACUCUCCCUCCCCCUUCAUUCCCAAUCCCUCUUCCACUUCUCGUGCCUCAACACCUCCGACUACAACUCGUGCACCUCCCAACACCCCAACCCAACCCAAAUCCUCCACCUUGCCGCACGCGACGCCAUCAACCAAGCCCUCAGCUCCAUCCACACCAUCUCGAACCUCUCCCCGCUCUCCACAACCCUCCGCGAGCGCGCCGCCCUCGAAGACUGCAAAGAACUCCUUGACUUAUCCGUCCACCAAAUCAGCCAAUCCCUCGCCGAAAUUGAAUGGCUCGAAAACACCCAACACGAAGCCAAUCUCCUCUCGUGGCUAAGCGCCGCGCUGAGCAACCAAGACACAUGCCUCGAAGGUUUCGAAAAAACCGACGGCCGUUUAAUGCAUUACGUGCGUGGUGGCCUCAACGAAGUCACCCAACUCGUAAGCAACUUGCUUGAGAUGUACAAAAGGUUGAGGAGCAUAGUUCCGAGGAGAAAUGAGACAGAGUUGGAGGAUGAUCAUGGUGAUGAUCAAUUACCUUCGUGGAUGACGGAGGAGGAGAUGGAGAUGGUGAGCGCGAAUGAGAGGGAAAUGCUGGUGGAUGCGGUGGUGGCGGCGGAUGGAACCGGGAGGUUUCGGACGGUCGGGGAAGCGGUGGAGGAUGCGCCGAGUCAUAGCUUGAGGAGGUAUGUGAUCUUUGUGAAGAGAGGGGUUUACAAGGAGAAUGUUGAGCUAAAGAGGAAGAAGAGUAAUAUCAUGCUGGUAGGGGAAGGAAUGGGAGUUACUGUUAUUACCGGGAGUAGGAAUUUCAUGCAGGGCUGGACCACCUUCCGGACUGCUACUUUUGCCGUUUCCGGUCAGGGUUUCAUAGCGAGAGACAUAACAUUCCGGAACACCGCGGGCCCACAAAACCGCCAAGCAGUGGCUCUCCGGGUUGACUCCGACCGCUCCGCGUUCUUUCGAUGCAGCAUCGAAGGAUUUCAGGACACGCUAUACGCGCAUUCCCUGCGACAAUUCUACCGCGAAUGCCACAUCCACGGGACCAUCGACUUCAUCUUCGGCAACGGCCAGGCAGUCUUCCAGAACUGCAAGAUCUUCACGAGAAAGCCGCUGCCUUUCCAAAAGGCCACCAUUACGGCGCAAGGAAGAAAGGAUCGCAGCCAGAAUACAGGCUUCUCGAUUCAUAAUAGCUUCGUGUACGCCACCGUGCCGACGUAUUUGGGUCGGCCAUGGAAGGCUUUCUCGAGAACGGUGUUCAUGCAGUCGUAUUUGGGCUCGGGCGUUCAGCCGGCGGGUUGGCUGGAGUGGGCUGGAGAUUUUGCGUUGGAUACGUUGUUCUAUGGGGAGUAUAUGAAUUAUGGGCCGGGUGCGGGUCUGGGAGGGAGGGUUCGGUGGGGGGGAUAUCAUGUGAUUAGAGAUGCGGCGGUGGCGCGGUACUUUACUGUGCGGCGGUUUAUUGACGGCGCGAGGUGGUUGCCGAGAGCGAAUGUGCCGUUCACGGCGGAUUUGAGGAAGUAGGUUAUUUUCAGGUGCGCGGUUGUUCGGUUUAGGUGAUGGAUAGCAUAUGAUUAUUUUGUAAUUGUAACAUGGAUUAUACGCCAAAAAUGUUUAUUUUCAUUUAUUUUUUGGAAGAA